GUCAGAAGAUUCUUCACCACAGAAGUGAUGUCUUAGAAACUGUAGUCCUGAUCAAUCCCUCAGAUGAAGCAGUUAGUACUGAGGUGCGCUUAAUGAUCACAGAUGCUGCAAGACACAAGCUCCUUGUACUAACUGGACAGUGCUUUGAAAACACAGGAGAACUCAUUCUGCAGUCUGGGUCCUUCUCCUUCCAGAACUUCAUUGAGAUCUUCACAGAUCAAGAGAUUGGUGAAUUAUUGAGCACCACACACCCUGCCAACAAAGCCAGCCUAACUCUUUUCUGCCCUGAGGAAGGGGACUGGAAGAAUUCCAACCUUGACAGACACAACCUUCAAGACUUUAUUAACAUUAAACUCAACUCAGCUGCCAUAUUGCCCGAAAUGGAAGGACUCUCUGAAUUCACAGAAUAUCUGUCAGAAUCAGUAGAAGUGCCAUCACCCUUUGACAUUUUGGAACCUCCAACCUCAGGAGGCUUCUUGAAACUCUCCAAACCCUGCUGUUAUAUUUUCCCAGGGGGAAGAGGGGACUCUGCAUUGUUUGCAGUGAAUGGAUUCAACAUGCUUAUCAAUGGAGGAUCCGAAAGAAAAUCUUGCUUUUGGAAACUUAUCCGACACUUGGACAGGGUAGAUUCCAUUCUCCUUACUCACAUCGGAGAUGACAACCUGCCAGGAAUCAAUAGCAUGCUUCAGCGAAAGAUAGCCGAACUGGAAGAGGAACAGUCCCAAGGGUCUACUACCAACAGUGACUGGAUGAAAAAUCUGAUCUCACCUGAUUUAGGAGUUGUAUUCCUUAAUGUACCUGAGAACCUGAGGAACCUGGAUCCUAGCUUUAGAGUAAAAAGGAGUGUAGAAGAAGCUUGUUUUACUCUCCAGUAUUUAAAUAAAUUGUCUAUGAAACCAGAACCUCUUUUCAGAAACGUGGGAAAUACCAUUGACCCCAUCAUUUUAUUUCAGAAAAUGGGAGUUGGCAAGCUUGAGAUGUAUGUGCUUAAUCCUGUCAAAAAUAGCAAAGAGAUGCAAUAUUUUAUGCAGCAGUGGAGUGGUACUAACAAAGACAAAGCUGAAUUCCUUCUACCAAAUGGCCAAGAACUAGACAUUCCAUUAUCCUACUUCACCUCCGUCUCGUCCCUGAUUGUGUGGCAUCCAGCUAAUCCUGCAGAAAAAAUAAUCCGAGUUCUGUUUCCUGGAAACAGCACCCAAUAUAAUAUUCUAGAAGGACUAGAAAAACUCAAACAUUUAGACUUCCUUAAACAACCAAUGGUUACACAAAAAGACCUAACUGGGAACAUUGCUAGUCCGGCUGUGAAACAAGCGAAGUUGAAACAACGAACAGACAGCAAGGAGAGUCUCAAGCCUGUUGCAAAGACACCACCAAGCAAGCCUGUCAGAAAAGAAUCUAAAGAAGAAGCACCAGAGCCUGUGAAACCUAGCCCAGCACCUGAAAAGCCUCAGAAGUUGGAAAGCAAAGAAAAAGUUCCGGUUAAAAAAGAGAAACCAGCAAAAGUGGAGACCAAAGCUGUAGUGGCAGAAAAAGACAUAACAAGUAAAGAAGAACAAUUAGUAAAAUCUGAAACUCCUGAAAAACAAGGUACAGAUGUAAAACAAAAAAUGUCAAAGGAGAAGCCAGUGAAAAAGGAAGUCAAAGCAAAACCUGAAGAAAAGAAAGAGGAAAAAGAAAAACCAAAGAAAGAAGUUUCUAAAAAAGAGGAGAAAACACCCAUCAAAAAAGAGGAAAAACCCAAAAAAGAAGAGAUGAAGAAAGAAGUUAAAAAAGAGGUGAAAAAGGAAGAGAAGAAGGAAACUAAGAAGGAAGUAAAGAAAGAUACUCCACCAAAGGAAGCUAAAAAAGAAGCUAAAAAAGAAGAGAAGAAGGAAAUUAAGAAGGAAGAAAAAGAAGCCAAAAAAGACAUCAAAAAGGUUCCUAAAGAAACAAAGAAGAUAGCUGCUCCUUCAACUGAAGGCAAAAAGCCAGCAGCAAAGCCUAAACCACAAAAGAAGGAGGAACCUGUGAAAAAAGAAGCAGUACCUGCUGGAAAGCCAAAGGAAAAAGGAAAAGUUAAGACUGUGAAGACAGAGAUCAAAGUCAGUGGAGCACAAGCUGCCCUUGCAGCAGUUGGAGUCGCUGCCACAACUGUGGCAGGUGUAACAGCCAGUGGAAAGGAAAUUGAAGCGGAGAGAUCCCUUAUGUCUUCACCAGAGGACUUAACAAAGGAUUUUGAGGAAUUAAAAGCUGAAGAAGUAGAAACAAUAAAAGAAACAAAACCUCAAGUUGCACUUAUAGAGGAUGAAUUGAAACUCACUGGCACAGUACAAAAAGAGGCCUUUGAGGUACAAAAAGAAAAAUUAGAUCAUGAAGGACCUGCUGAGUCCUCUGAUGAAGGCAUUACUACCACAGAGGCUGAGGGUGAGUGUGAACAGACACCUGAAGAGUUGGAACCUGUGGAAAAGCACAGGGUUGAUGAAAAUGAAAAGUUUGAAGAUGAGGGAACUGGCUUGGAAGAAUCAUCUGAAGCAGGAGAUUAUGAAGAAAAGGCAGAGACAGAAGAAGCUGAAGAACGAGGUGAAGAUGAAGAAGAAAAGUCACCACUGGAAACCACAAAACCAUAUAUGGAAGAAGCAAGAAAAAUUGGAGAGAGCUCAGAAGAAAUAAUGGCUGAAGAAGAUGCUAACAUUAAAGAUGAAAAGUAUAUUGAAAAGGCAGAUUAUGAGGCAUCAGAUGAACGAGCUGAGGAAGACAGGGAAGAAGCAAUAGAGAAGGCAGAAACUGAAGAGACUGAAGAAGAGGAGGAAGACAAAGCAGAAGACAUCAGAGAUGAAGAGGAAAAUGAAAAAAUAGAAGCUGAAGAAGAUUAUGUGAUGGCUGUGGUAGACAAAGCUGCAGAAGCUGGUGCAGUUGAAGAUAAAUAUGGCCUACUCAUAAUUACACCAACAAAGCGGUCAGAGCCUCAGUCUCCAGCAGUUGAACCAGCCUCUUCUAUCCAUGAUGAGACAUUACCUGGUGGUUCAGAAAGUGAAGCCACUGUUUCUGAUGAAGAAAAUAGAGAAGAUCAACCUGAGGAAUUCACUGCUACUUCAGGUUACACACAGUCUACUAUCGAAAUAUCCAGUGAACCAACUCCAAUGGAUGAAAUGUCAACACCCCGGGAUGUCAUGAGUGAUGAAACUAAUAAUGAGGAAAGCGAGUCACCCUCUCAGGAGUAUGUGAACAUUACCAAGUAUGAGACAUCACUAUACUCUCAAGAGUUUGGCAGACCUAAACUUUCUCCACUUCCGGAUGCUUUUAAUGGAUUAUCUGAAGGAUCCAAAACAGAGGUCACAGAAGGUAAAGACUAUAAUGCCUCAGCUUCCACCAUCUCACCACCUUCUUCAUUAGAGGAAGACAAAUUCUGCAAAUCUGCAUUCCAAGAUGUAUACCGGCAAAAAGAAAGUGAGAUUCAAGGCACUGCUAAAUUAGAAAUCAAAGAAUCCUAUCAAGAAGAUAUUGGUGGAAAACGUAGUCCAGCCAAGAGUCCAGCUGAGAGUUUGUCCCCUCCAUCACCUGUUGCCAAAACACCACUGAGUGAACGUAGUGUGAACUUUUCGCUCACUCCCAAUGAGAUCAAGGUCUCGUCUGAGCCCAUCCCCAUUGCUACAUUGCCUGAUGUACAUCAAGAAGUUGCUGAAGAGCACUGUGCAAGCCCUGAAGAUAAAACGUUAGAAGUAGCAUCUCCCUCACAGUCUGCUGCUGGUAGUGCUGGCCACACACCUUAUUAUCAGUCUCCCACUGAUGAAAAGUCCAGUCAGCUUCCCUCUGAAACCAGUGAAAAGUCAACAGAAGCUCCUGUUAGCUUUGAAUUCAGUGAAGUCAAAGAUGAGUCUGCAAAACCCAGAAUAAGCCCUAUGGAUGAACCUGUGCCAGAUUCAGAAUCUCCUAUUGAAAAGGUCCUCUCACCUCUACGGAGUCCACCACUGAUAGGUUCAGAGACCUCUUAUGAUACAUUUUUGAGUGCUGAUUUAAAGUCUCCCUGUCCUUCUGAGGGGAAACCUGAAAAAGAAAAAUCACCUGUUCAGUUGAGCCCAGCUUCUGAAGAUAGCUCUGUGGGCCUUUUCCAAGAAAAACAAGAUGAAAAAAGCAUGGAGUUUAUGGUAAUUAAGGAAGGCUUCAGCCUAGAAAGGAAAAUGGAAGAUACAGAACCCAGCAGCUCCCAGUCUUCACUGGUCUUGGAUGAGCGGAAGUUAGCAGGUGAUCUUUCACCCACUCAAAUAGAUACCAGUCAGUUUGGUUCUUUAAAAGAAGAUACCAAAAUGUCAAUUUCUGAAGGGACUGUUUCUGACAAGUCUGCAACUCCUGUUGAUGAGGUUGUAGCAGAAGACACCUAUUCCCAUAUAGAAGGAGUAGCUUCUGUCUCUACAGCAUCUGUUGCUACUAGUUCAUUUCCAGAACCAACUACUGAUGAUGUAUCUCCUUCAUUGCAUGCUGAGGUUGGAUCUCCCCACUCUACUGAAGUUGAUGAUUCCCUUUCAGUGUCAGUUGUACAAACACCAACAACUUUUCAGGAAACAGAAAUGUCUCCAUCUAAGGAAGAGUGCCCAAGGCCCAUGUCAAUUUCUCCACCAGAUUUCUCACCUAAAACCUCAAAAUCAAGAACGCCAGUGCACGAUCAGAGAUCUCCUGAGCAGUCAACUAUGUCAGUAGAAUUUGGUCAGGAGUCCCCUGAGCAGUCUUUAGCAAUGGACUUUAGUAGGCAAUCUCCAGAAUAUCCUACUGUAGGCACUAGUAUACACCAUAUAUCUGAAAAUGGACCAACAGAAGUAGAUUAUAGCCCUUCAGAUAUACAGGAGCCUACUUUUGCACAGAAGAUUUCCCCUGUAGAGCAGUCAUCUUACUCUCAGGAGAAAGAUAUUUCAGAAAUUAUUUCAGUUUCUCAAAUUGAAGCUUCAUCCUCAACUUCAUCAGCUCAUACACCUUCCCAGGUGACUUCACCACUGCCAGAGGAAACUUUUUCAGGUGCUCUUCCACCCAGAGAUGUGUCACUACAUUCUUCUUUUACCUCAGAAAAGGUGCAGAGCCUAGGAGAAAAGCUGUCACCAAAGUCUGACCUAUCUCCAUUAACUCCAAGGGAAUCUUCUCCUCUGUACUCUCCUAGUUUUCCAGAUUCACCUCCUGCAAUCACAGAAGCGGUGUCAGCUAGUCACACACCUUCGUUGUCACUGCAAGUGUCCUCCGUCAAAGCAUUUGGUUACCAGGAGCCGAUAACAAAGCACAGUCCAGAAUCUUUACUCAGCCCAGAAAAAGAUGAUUCAGAGAAAAGCAGCAGGUCACCAGAAGAACUUAGUUAUUCUUAUGAGGUCACAGAGAAAACUACUAGGUCACCAGAGGAUAUUAGCUACUCCUAUGAGGCAGUUGGAAAAUCUACUAGAUCACCUCAGGCCACAGAUUAUUCCUAUGAGACAACUGGGAAAACUACUAGGUCACCUGAGGCUACAGAUUACUCCUACGAGACAACAGGGAAAACCACUAGGUCCCCCGGGGACACAGAUUAUUCCUAUGAGACAACAGGGAAAACCACCAAAUCACCUGAGGUCACAGAUUAUUCCUAUGAGUUAAUUGGGAAAACCACCAAAUCACCUGAGGCCACAGAUUAUUCCUAUGAGAGAACUGGGAAAGCUACCAGAUCACCCGAUACUGUGGAUUACUCCUAUGAGACAACAGGGAAAACCACUAAGUCACCAGAAGCCAUUAGCUACUGCUAUGAGACAACUGGGAGAACCAGGUCACCAGAGGCCGUGGCUUACUCCUAUGAGACAACUGGGAAAGCCUCUAGUUCACCUGAAGCCACAGAUUACUCAUUUGAGAUGACUGGGAGAGCCACCAGGUCACCUGAAGCUACUAGCUACUCCUAUGAAGCCAGUGCACAUUUCACUCCAGGAAAAUCGUUAGCAGAAUCCCGUCAAGAUGUUGACUUAUGCCUUGUAUCCUCUUGUGAAUAUAAACAUCCCAAAACUGAACUUUCACCCUCAUUUAUCAACCCAAACCCCCUUGAGUGGUUUGCAAGUGAAGAACAGUCUCAAGAUCAAGAGAAGCCACUAACUCAAUCCGGGGGAGCCCAGCCACCUUCUGGGGGAAAGCAGCAAGGGCGGCAGUGUGAUGAAACCCCUCCCACAUCCGUGAGCGAGUCUGCCCCGUCUCAGACGGAUUCAGAUGUUCCCCCAGAGACUGAGGAAUGUCCUUCCAUCACUGCAGAUGCUAACAUUGACUCAGAAGAUGAGUCAGAAACCAUUCCGACGGACAAGACAAUUACGUACAAACACAUUGACCCGCCGCCUGUCCCGAUGCAGGAUCGCAGCCCCUCCCCUAGGCACCCUGAUGUUUCCAUGGUUGAUCCAGAGGCUCUGCCUGUUGAUCAGAAUUUGGGUAAACCUUUGAAGAAAGACCUCAAAGAAAAGACAAAGACAAAAAAGCAGGGUACUAAGACCAAGUCAUCUUCUCCUGUUAAAAAAAGUGAUGGUAAAUCAAAACCAGUGGCUUCACCAAAGCCAGCUAUAAAAGAAUCUUUAGAUAAAAUUUCCAAAACAGCUUCUCCAAAAAAGAAGGAGUCUGUGGAGAAGGCAACCAAAAAUAUCUCUAAUCCAGAAGUAAAGUCUCGAGUGGAUGAGAAAGAUAAGGACACCAAGAAUGCAGCAAAUACAACAUCCAAGUCAGCAAAGACUGCAACCACAGGACCUGGGAAUACUAAGGUGGCAAAAUCUACAGCAGUGCCUCCAGGACCUCCAGUGUAUUUGGAUUUGGUGUACAUUCCCAACCACAGCAAUAGCAAGAACGUCGACGUUGAGUUUUUCAAGAGGGUGCGGUCAUCCUACUACGUGGUGAGCGGGAACGAUUCUGCAGCUGAGGAGCCAAGCAGGGCUGUUCUGGACUCCCUGCUGGAGGGCAAGGCACAGUGGGAGAGUAACAUGCAGGUGACCUUAAUCCCAACCCAUGACUCAGAAGUGAUGAGGGAAUGGUACCAAGAGACCCAUGAGAAACAGCAGGACCUCAACAUCAUGGUUUUGGCAAGCAGCAGCACUGUUGUUAUGCAAGAUGAAUCUUUUCCCGCAUGCAAGAUUGAACUGUAAGAACAAGACCAUGCACCACAAGAUUAAACUUUAUUUCCAGAAAUUCUUCAGUUUGAAAACACCUUUUCUAAAAAUUCAACCCAUCUAUUUCAACUGCUGAACUAUAUACCUGCCAAAUGCUAUACUGUGUCAUGGUGAUGCAAGUCACUAAUAUUUUUCAGUCUUUGCUGAUUGCUAAGGGAAAUAACAGUAUUCCCAUAGUAGGGUUCAAAUUACUGCAAAAAUACAGAUCCAGUUUCAUCUCCGCUGAACAUUUGGAAACCAUGCACUAGCAGCCCCAACUGACUUCUGCCAGGUAGAGGCAUUUGCCCUCUAAUGAAACACAAAGAGAGAGAAAGAGAGAGAGGGGUAGGAGGAGAAAGUAAAAAAAAUAAUUAGAACUGCAUUAGUCUCAUGGCAAUAGAUGUAUCGCUUACUGCAGUCUGCUUAUGCUCUUACAUGAAAUGAAAGUUUUAAAUUUGUAUCAAUCUGAGCUAUCGCAAGGGGGAUCCUUUUUUACAGAAUUAAGGUAGCU